CUCGAGAAACCACGCGUUGAAACGCGAGAUCGCCAUGGUGAUCAAACAACAUGGCGGAGAAUGAGGAAGAAGCGAAUAUGAUGAUGGAGCCGUCGACGCCGAGUGUCACGAUCGACCUGGCAGAGACGAGACCAAACACAAUGGCAGCAUUUCAAUCCGUCACCCCUGGUGGCGGGAUAACAAUGCCGAUACCGAUGGAAGACAAUAAUGAACGCCGAGUCGUCAGUGUAGCCAGCAUGAGUGAGAUAGAAGCAGCCAAAUCACUGACGGAGCUACUUCAGCCAAUGGAUGCCGAUCCAUUUGAUGAAGAUCAGGCUGAGCUACGGUUCCUGCACUCCAAACCGACCUGCUUCAUCGUGCUUGGAAAACCAGGCUCGGGCAAGACGACCCUCGCCAAGCGUCUGGCGCUGACGUGGCGCUGCGAGCUGGUCCACGCCACCGAUCUCAUCCUGCAGCACAUUGACCUCCAGACAGAGACGGGCAAACGUCUUCAGGACAUCCUGCUGCGCGGGGGCGCUAUUCCCGAGGAGAUGACAGCGAGACUGAUCGAAGAGAAGAUCAAUUCUCCAGAGGUGACCCAUCAUGGUUAUGUACUAGAUGGCUUUCCCUCCUUGAGCGAAGACUACAUGAAGGUCACGGAUCAGCUCGAGCUCGUUCAAAACUGGACACUGAAACCAGAUUUCAUCAUCAACCUCAGGAUGCCAGACAGAGAUCUUGAGGAUCGGCGUGUCGGUCAGAGGGUUGACCCCGCCACCAACAUACUGUACACAAUGGACGUAUGGAAUCCGGAUAGACCAGAGGCCAAGCCCAACCAGGACGGCGAGGGGGAGGAGGAAGAAGAAGAAGAAGAGGAGGAGGAGGCGGAGGAAGGCUUGGGAGAGGAGGAGGAGGAAGAGCCAAGAGAAGAAUUAAGUUUUGAGAUCACAGAACGGCUUGUACGGAGACCAGAGGAUAUGCUACAACAUGCACAAGACAACAUCGUGGCUUAUAAAGACAAAAUGCUGCGUAUGUUUGAGGACUACAUAGCAGACCACGACCAGCAAUACCUGAUCGAGAUGGACGCCAACAAGCUCUCCACAAACCUCUUCAAGGAGCUGAUGAUGAAGCUCAACACGUACGUCCUACGCCGCGCCGCGGUCCCCAUUCGCCUUCAGAACCAAGACGAGGAGGACAUACCUGAAGACAUUGAGACCGAAGAGCUGAUGCGCACCCUCGGGGGUACCAACGUGGUGGCGCCUAGGUACCGGUGGAGGCGGAGCCGUUGGGCUAGGAUGUGCCCCGUGGAGCUACAGAGAGGCAACGUGGUGCCGGGCAAACCGGAGUUUGCUGUGGGGUUCCUUGACAAAAUCUACGUCAUGUCUGGCCCGGAAGCGAUGGAGAAAUUCUUGAAGAAUCCCAGACCCUACUUGGUCAGCCCCCAACCCCGGCCUCCGUGUAAGCUCUGCGUGGUGGGUCCACCGCUCUCAGGAAAGACCACCAUGUGUCAUCUACUGGCUUCCAAGUUUAACUCCAAGGUAUUGGAUCUUGACGAACUGAUCAAGACCCGGAUGGCAAUCCACAAAGCCAAGCAGGUGGAGCUGACUCGACUGGAAGCUCUUGAGUCUGCUAUCGCCACGGUCAAGGCUAAACUACGAGAGAAGGAAGAAACCGCUUCAGAAGGUGAUGGAGAUGACUUAGACGAACAAGAGGAAAAAGAGAAGGCCGACACAGAUACAGAUGCUGGUAAAGAUGACCAGGAAUCGGGAAAAGCCAUUCCCACAGAAGGGGAGAAAGAUGAGGAUGACACUGCGGAGGGAUCGGCCACCGAGGCUGAAGAACCAACACAGAGCGAGGGAGAAAAAGAGGACCCGGCUGGGGAGGAUGGUGACACAUCAACAGUGAAGGAGUCCACCAUCACCUCUGAGGUGGCCGCUUCCCAGGCGCCCACCGAUGCCACCACAGUCACGGCUCCAAAAGCCCAGGCCAUCGAGAUCGAUGAGACCAACGAGGAAGUGAAGGUCAUGGUGGACGCAGCAGUGAAGGACGCUGAGAAGCUGACGUACACGCUGGCCCCGGAGCAGUACGUAGACGCACUGGAGGAAGCUGUGACGGAGAUACAUAAAGAACUUCGCAGGAAGGAUCCUAAGGGGCCAGUGGCUGGAGGUUGGAUCCUAGACAACUUCCCCCAGACCAGAGAGCACUGGACGGCUCUGAUCGAUCGAGGCCUCGCCCCCGAUGAGGUCAUUUUCCUGAAAGACGGCAGCGAGAACGGCACGUACCUCCUGAAGAGGUGGUACAAGCUGAACAGGGAGGAGGUGGAUGGCAAGAUGCAGGAGAGGAAAGAUGAGGAAGAUCGAGAGAAGGCCAGAGUCUUGGAAGAUGCCAGGAUCCAGACGGAGCGAGAGCAGGAUGAGAAGAAGAGAGAGGAGGAGGAAGAAAGAAAGAGAAAUGCUCCGGAGACGGUGGAAGGAGAGGAGGAAGAAGGAGAGGCCAAACAGGAGGAAGAGCAGCAAGAAGAAGGAGGCGAAAAGGAAGAAGAUGAGGCCGAUAAGACAGAGCAGGCGGCCGAAGAGGCGGACCCAGAAGGAGCCGAGCCUACUGAAGAUAGAGCAGCCAUAUCUACCCCUACAUUAACUGAACCAAGUACAGCACGCUCUGCUUUCGAUCCCGAAGCUGGUGCCCCAGGCAAAGAAGCCGAAGAGGAACACGCCCAGGAAGAGGAGGAGGAGCACAUUGAGCCCGCUCCGCCCGUCGAGGACCCCUUACCCCCCGAGGGGCUAGAGACCACCCAGUUCAAGGAGCUACGGAAUGAUUUUGAGAGGGAGUGGCCGUCAGUCCAGGCGCUGGUGACCGGGAUGUUGAAUGUCGAGCCUAUCUUGGUCGAGAUUGAGGGCCAGGAAGUGGAGAGCCUGUUGAAGGAGUCUCAUAAAUCUGUAGAACAACCAUUUACUUACCGUCCGUGGGAGUACACCAGCAUUGACCUUGAUGAAGAAGAGGAGGACGCAGAGGCAGAAGAAGAUGAUGAAAUGGAAGAAGAGGAGGAUGAAGAGAUGAUGAAGAAUAAGAGGAAGCAGUUUGGCGACACCAAGCAUUUCUGUCCGGUCGCGUACAAGGAGAACUACGUCCUGUGGCCGGGAAAUCCAGAGAUCGGUGCCAAGUACAGAGAGAAGGUGUACUACUUCUCCAGCACAGAGGCCAGAGAUAAAUUCAUCUCAGAACCAACACUGUAUGCGGCUAAAGGGAACCCUUUUAAGUCUCCACCAGUACGCUUAAUCGUCCUUGGUCCCCGCGGUGCGGGCAAGUCCCUCCACGGUCGCUAUCUGGCAGAGAAACUGGGCAUCUUUCAUAUCAGCUUCAAGGAGCGCCUCCAGGAACUGGUCAUCGCUAAGACCAAGAAGAAGAUCGGUCCGGAGUUUGAGGAGGAAGAGGAAGAGCCGGAUAGUGACCCAGAAGAAGAAGCUGCUGAAGCAGCUGCCGAACAAGCUGCCGCUGAGGCUGCAGGUGAAGGUGAGGAGACUACAGCUGCUGAAGCAAAUGAAGCAACUGAAGAGCCGGAAGAGGAACCUGAAGUUGAAUGGACAGAGGAAGAGGAGAACAUUAAAGGGAACCUGAUGGAGGAAGAAUCCUUGACCCCUGACACUCUGGAUAAGAUAGUCCCUGAUUGGUGGAAUACAGAACCAUUUAAGUCUACAGGUUUCAUUCUAGAAGGUUUCCCCCGCACCGUCGAAGAGGCCCAAUUCCUGGCCGAGCGUGGCCUCUACCCAGACGCCGCCAUCACCCUCGCCGUUGAAGACACGGACAUCCAAACCCGCCUCCUGCCGCCAAAGUUGGACAAAUGGAAGCAGAAGCGAGAUCGUCGUCUGGCGAGGAAAGAGCGUCGCAAGUUGCGGAAGAAGAAGGAGAGAGACACAAUCAUCAAUAAGCGGAGGCUGGAGCUGGUUGCAGAAGUGGCGGAAAGGAAAGCGGAGAAAGCUGCCCAGCGUGCCGCAGACAGAGACAGUGACGACUCAGAGCACUCGGAAGAGGAGCAAGAAGAUGAGGAGGAGGAGGAGGAUAUUGAGGCGCUGCUGGCAGAGGAGUUUGAGGAGGAGGAGGAAGAAGAAGAGGAGGAGGAGGAGCAGGAAGACGACGCUGUGGACAGACUUAAGAAUGAGAUCGGAGAAGUGUACGAUGAUGACACUAACAAACUGGCUUCUGUACAGGAAACUCUUGAGGAGCUCCUCAUCCCCAGGAUUGAGCUGAACGGCGGCCGUAAGCCGCCCAUCGUCCGCUACACCCUAGAGCAGAACCUCAAGCCCAUCGUAGACUGUAGGGAGAGUCUCUUUGAGAAGGUGUACCCAACCAAGGAGCACAUUGCUAAGAAGAUGCUUCAGAUUGGAUACAAGCAUCCCAGCCGCUUCGGCCGAUGGUGUCCUGUACAGCUCUUGUCAGGGGACUGCAUCCAGCCAAUGCAAGGCCCAGGCUACCCAUCCUUCCCGGCCGUAUACCGUCAGCAUGUGUACUUCAUCAGCAACCCUCAAGCAAGGGAAGACUUCAUCAUGCAUCCAUUGAAGUACAUGAAACAGCCGUCGCCUAAACCUGUAGUUCCCAUCAGAAUGGCCAUACUGGGCCCACCCAAAUCUGGCAAGACUGCUCUGGCAAACCGUUUCGUCUCCGAGUACGGCAUGGUCAGACUCUCCAUCGGGGAAGCCAUCCGUUUCGUUCUGAACCAGCAAUCUAAGACGGAGCUUGCCACCCAGCUGAACACUCACCUACAGACCGGACAGACCGUGCCCGAUGAACUGGCUGUACAGGCACUGGAGCUGUCUCUACUGGAUAUGAGGGCCAACACCAGGGGCUUCGUCCUGGAUGGAUACCCCAUCACCAAACGUCAAGUGGACUUGAUGACAGAGCACUGCAUCAUACCGGUCUGUGUGAUUGAGCUCCAAGUUGACAGCCGUGAGCUCAUGAUCAGAGGCAUGAAAGACAAGAAAUCAGCAGACAGGAUUCUGCCGCUUCAUGACAGCGCUCAGAUCCUAGCCAUACGCAUCGCCUCCUGGCAGAAGGAGAUCACAGGGGUGCGAGAGUGGUACAAGGAACAGCAUCGCAACUGGGUACUCCUAGACGGAGAGAGGUCUAAGUGGUGGGUGUGGAACCGGGCGUGUCAGGAGGGCAAGAGGACCGUCAGACACAUCCAGGAAUACCUACAGAGGAUAUCAGAAGGCAAGGCAGCUUCAAUAGCCGAGAUGUGCAUCACUCCCAAAGAGUUUCUAGCCCGCCUCGGUGACUUUGGCCAAUACUGCCCGGUCAGUCUCGCUAAGGAAGGAGAGCUUGUCGACUGCUCCGUCAAUCCAACCAUGGAAUACGCGGCCGAGUUCAGAGGGCGCUAUUACAAGAUGGAAGACCAGGCCAAGCUGGAGGAGUUCCUGGCCAGCCCGGAGCAGUUCGUUCCCCCACUGGCCCCGAGAGCCCUACCCUCACCUGAGCACCUCCCGAGGAGGAGGUCACCCAUGGAGGUGAAGACGAUGUUCCCCAUGCAGCUGGAGCUACAGGGGUACUGCCCUGUCACAUACCUGGACGGUAAACUCAGGUACGAAGCUAUCAUCCCAGGCAACACUGACCUUCUAGUAGAGUACAGACAGAACCUCUACUGCUUCGUCGACGAAGGCAAACUCCAGAAGUUCCUACGCCACCCAGAGCGCUACUACAACCUGAAGCUGCCGCACAAGCUACCCCCGAAGAAAGACCCCCUCCUGGUCACCUCCCUGCCAAUGCUGGGCUACAUGGAGCAGGCCCUCUCUGUUUCCAUUACUAAGGCUCUGACGUCGGUCGGAUGCUUCAAGCCAAAGUUUCCGUUUUUGUCGGCGUCACGGUCAGCCGUGAUUUACCUGGCCUACCAUCUGAAAUCUUACAAUCCUAGAAGCUCGGACUACGUCCGCAAGAAGUACCGGCGCAAACUCGAGCAGUUUGAGGAGAACUGCGAGCUGAUCCGCUACCUGGGAUCCCACAUGGGCGGCCGUUACAGACAUCCCGAAGACAGACCCAUCGAUUUUGAUCAUAAGAUGAUCAUGUUCCUGAAUCUGAAGGGGCGGGAGCCGUCAGCGACUACUCUGGCGUCCUGAGGAGGACUGUGAGAUACUGAUGGGGGAGAAUAAGGGAGUGUACAACAUUGGUUAAGCGUCUCCAAACUUUGAAAUACUUGAACAUUUGAUUGAGAACUAUUCUUCUCAGCAGAACAUCAUUCUUUUUUGACUUUAGGGACUUUUAGUGUUACUGACUGUUGCCAAGUUCAAAACAACAAAGCAGAAUGGCCUAUUUAUGAUAAAGCUGUUAAGCUAAUUUUUGAGUUUUAAAACAAACUUUAAUUUUCUAUGUUGUACCAUCCUUUUAAAGAGAACUUAUCAGAUAUAGAAUUAUAACAAAUCUUUCGGCCUGUCAAGAUCCCAAAACCAUGACUCAAUCUCUUCCAUAUGUCAAAUGUUUUUUCAUACGUGUACCCUCAACAGAUUUUGUAAUCAGCUUGCAAAGAAAAUGAACACCUAAUGGAUAAUUAAAAAGUACCCCAAAGAUUAGAGCUGUAUGUCCCCCUCUAUUGAUGAGGUCAUUUGUGGUCAGAAUUGUAUAAAGCUUUCGAAUUUUUCAAUAACUGAAUGUCACGUUAGAAAUGUGAAAAGACACCCAUAGGCUAUUUAACUGUCACUGGUUGGUCUUCAAGCUUAAAUGAUUCUUCCGUUGACAUUUAUUAGUGAGGAAAACAAUUUUUCGGUUUAGUAUCUUCGUUUCUUUUUACUCGGUAAAUAUCAAUGCAAAUUGAUAUUCUACCGUCUCAGACCACUAUUAAUGAAAUAUUCCACUUCAGAGCAGGGUCCUCUUUCCGCAUAAGAUAACAAGUGAAUAGAAUCUGUGGUUAUUCAAUCAGAGUUAUCUUGUUAAGUACAUCAUUGAAGUUUAACGGAGAACAAGUAUUUAGCCUCCUUCGAGCGGGUAUUUCGUUACGUGGACAAGAUUACGUUUCAUGUUUUGACUGGAUUAGCCCCUAAGGAAAAUCAAUAAAGGCUUCUUUUUUUUAUCUAGAGUGAGGCGGAGUGAGGAAAAUUGUUUUCUGUUUAAUCAUUUUUGUACUAGAUAGCUCAGGAGCGCUGGCACACUAAUCCAGAGGUCAUCGGUUCAAAUCCCGCUUUAGUAAAUUUGUCUUUGUUAAACCUCAAUUUUUUUAUUUUCAUCCUAAAGAUAUGAUACAGAAUACUGAACAUGACAGAUAUUAAGGAGAAUAAUAUUUGAAGGCUUUACUGUCAUUGAUGAUACUGGGGCUUCAAAAGAUAAUCUCUUUUGCCUUUAUAUAGACAAGAGAAAUAAACUUUUAGAAAACAAGUUACUGUUUUUGAACACCUUUUAAAAGGGAUUGUUCAUAGACUAAACUGAUUAAUUGAAAACUUUUUUGAAAAUUAUACUGUUGUGCUUUUCCCCAUAACCAAGGUUGUAUCUUUGCUUUGAGCAACAACAUUUUAGCAAAAUGUAUUUCAUUUAAAUAAGUGUCACAACAUCGUUAUCUUUAUGCAUUUAUGUACUUGACUUGUAUUAUCUGCUUCCAAAUUCUGGUUGUCUUUAUUUGAUUGUAGGUUUCAAGUGAUUUAUAUUUUGUACCAAAUUCAAUCUAACUCUUAGUGAUUCCGUCCAAAUCUCAAUGCUUUCCUUUUUUUGUAAAAUAUUUGUAAAUAAAGUCAAAAUGAUUUGAUAGUUAAAAUUUCUGUUUUGCGCCUUAUAUUUGACUUUCAAAAAAAUGAUAUUGUAUAGCUGUUAAGAACUUACAUAUUUAAUUUGUAAAAUACCUUUGUAAAGAUGUUGUUUAUUUCUAACUUUCCUGAGGUGCCUAAUAAAAUU